AGGCCGUGACUUUGUCGCCGUCGAUAACGAUCUUUCUCCCACUACCUGUGCAGAUUAGCACAACAACAGUAAUCCUUUUUUGGAUAAAGAACGUGGCCAACAUUCUACGUUUUCAUACCGUUAGAUUGGAAUCUGACCAUUCUAAAGUAGAACCCGACGGUGUCCUAUAAAUAUGCUACCUGAGCUUUUGCUUUCUUAAAUGCUUAAUUUUGUUACCACUCAAAAAACACAGGGACGCCAUUUGGUCUGCGAAUUGGACUGAAUUGGUGACGAAGAAGAGCGUUCGAAAACCCUAGAACAGCUUAAAAUAAUUGAUCCUUGAUCGGAGAUGGCGACAUCAGUGGGUGUUGGGAACAGUACUGCUGUUCUGAAGGAUUCGAAGGUUCAGCUACAGAGGUUUCAUGGUUUGAGGUCUUGUGGUUUGAUUCCUUUCAGUGGAAGCGUCCAUGUCUCACCGGUUUCGUCGUCGAAAUCUUCUCGUGUGACUGCUGUCUCAACGCCGAUAAAGCCAGACAGCUCCUCUGAGACUAAACGUAGCAAGGUUGAAAUAAUCAAAGAGAAAAGUAACUUCUUGAGAUACCCUCUCAGGGAGGAGUUGCUGACAGAAGCUUCAAACAUAAAUGAGGAUGCCAUACAAUUGAUCAAGUUUCAUGGAAGCUAUCAACAGUACAAUAGAGAUGAACGUGGUUCAAAAUCUUAUUCAUUUAUGCUUCGAACAAAGAAUCCUUGUGGUAAAGUCCCAAACAAGCUCUACUUGGCUAUGGAUGAUCUUGCAGACCAGUUUGGAAUUGGAACUCUUCGCCUGACAACCAGACAAACAUUUCAGUUACAUGGAGUUUUGAAGAAGAACCUUAAGACUGUGAUUAAUACGGUGAUUAAAAAUAUGGGCUCAACUCUUGGUGCGUGUGGUGACCUGAACAGAAAUGUUCUUGCUGCUGCAGCACCAUUUACAAAGAAAGAUUACGUGUUUGCACAACAGACUGCAGAUAACAUUGCUGCACUCCUAGCUCCUCAGUCAGGUGCUUAUUAUGAUCUAUGGGUUGAUGGGGAGAAAAUUAUGUCGGCUGAGCCUCCUGAGGUAGUGAAGGCCCGUAAUGACAACUCUCAUGGAACAAACUUCCCUGAUUCCCCAGAACCCAUUUAUGGCACCCAGUUCAUGCCAAGAAAAUUUAAGGUUGCAGUUACCGUGCCGACUGACAACUCUGUGGAUAUUCUCACCAAUGACGUUGGCCUUGUUGUAGUUACUGAUGCUGACGGGGAGCCUCAGGGUUUCAAUAUUUAUGUCGGUGGUGGAAUGGGAAGAACACAUAGGGUGGAGACAACAUUUGCUCGUCUGGGAGAGCCACUGGGGUAUGUACCAAAGGAGGAUAUAUUAUAUGCUGUCAAAGCAAUUGUUGCUACACAGCGAGAUAAUGGGAGAAGAGAUGACCGAAGGUAUGGUAGAAUGAAAUAUUUGGUCACUUCAUGGGGGAUUGAGAAGUUCAGAAGUGUUGUUGAGCAAUACUAUGGGAAGAAAUUUGAGCCUUCUCACGAGCUGCCAGAGUGGGAAUUCAAGAGCUAUUUGGGAUGGCAUGAGCAGGGUGAUGGUAAUUUGUUUUGUGGGAUCCAUGUUGAUAAUGGCCGUGUUGCGGGAGCAAAGAAGAAGGCUUUAAGGGAGAUAAUUGAGAAGUAUAGCCUGAAUGUGCGUAUCACACCAAACCAGAACCUAAUCUUGUGUAAUAUUGAUCCUUCAUGGAGGCGUCCGAUCUCAACAGUUCUUGCACAGGCUGGACUAGUGGAUCCUAGCUAUGUGGAUCCCCUCAACCUGACUGCAAUGGCAUGCCCAGCAUUUCCGCUUUGCCCAUUGGCAAUAACAGAAGCUGAGCGAGGGAUACCUGAUAUCCUUAAGCGGGUUCGAGCUGUAUUUGAUAAGGUCGGUCUUCAGUAUGACGAAUCAGUGGUGAUAAGGGUAACGGGAUGCCCCAAUGGUUGUUCUCGGCCAUACAUGGCUGAGCUUGGACUUGUUGGUGAUGGACCAAACAGUUACCAGAUUUGGCUUGGUGGAAGACCCAACCAGACAGAGAUAGCACAAACCUUCAUGAAUAAGGUAAAAGUUCAAAAUCUAGAGAAGGUAUUGGAACCAUUGUUCUACAGUUGGAAAUGUGAACGGAAAGCCAAAGAAUCAUUUGGUGAAUUCACGACUCGUAUGGGCUUUGAGAAACUCAAGGAAAUAGUUGACAAGUGGGAAGGCCUAGUAGCUGUAUAGGGAGACAUGAAGCAAUGAACUCGGUGGGCCAAACUGCAAAAUGAAUUACUCCCCCACCCCACCCCA